AAUAUAAUUGGUUUUCAGAAAUCGUUUGAUCAAUGAUCUUCAAUGUCAAAUCUCAAAUUAAUCAGAUAAAUCUAAGGGAUUGAUAGAAAAGGAUUGCCUAUAGCUUGAUGGACAACGAAUGCUUCAUCACUGCAAAGCGAAUCUCUGCAAGCCCCGAAUAUCAGCUAUAGGAACUCAGCAAUCAAUAACUCCAUAUUCCUAAGCUGUCAUUAUCGUUAGAGAUGCAUUAUUUCAUGCAUUUUCCAAGACUGCAUGUCGUGCCUGAAUUUCAGAGGGAUUUGAUUGUUGGCUGCUGGUAAUUGUCGUUUUCUGCGACUGCAGGGCUUACUUGCCAAUUCCUGAAUAAAGUCGCAGAUGAAUGGGAUCGGUCCAACAUCGAAGACUUCUUCAACACGUUUGGACAGUUAGAGAGUUGUGCUAGUUCCUUCAAGAAUUCUCGCGGUCUCUGGCCAGUGCUUUUCGUGAUCACUCGUCCUAAAACCUAGAACUUCAAACAAAUCUAUCUACUAGUCUCCAAAUCUCCAAUCUACAAAAUGCAAAGCCAGAAGUUGACAUCAAUUGAGUUAUAGAGCAUCGCUCAUCAAUUUCUUUCAAGAUGUUCAUAAAGAACUUCAUUGGGAUUCUUAUAUUGAGUAUUAGAGUCAGUGCUGAUCGCAAAAUAGACGAGAUAGUUCAGACUUUUAUCCUCGACGUGACUAACUCUUUCUAUCCAACUUCUAGUUUCAGUCUAUUUCAUUGUGCAGAACCAGCCGAGGUUGCUGAACUUUCCAGAUUCAUGUCGAAAAACCAAAAGCUCCAUGAAGCCUCCCCUAUCUUUGGAGAGUACAGAUUCGACUUUGUCAAUUCUCCAUUGGCUCACCGGAACUUCUACGUUGUCGAUUUGGACUGCGCCGGAGCUUAUGAACUCCUGAUUCAGGCGAAUGAAACGGGGAAUUUCAUUGCUCCAACAAAGUGGUUGAUCCUUCAAGAUUUACGAGCAACUGCGAAUUCAAUGUUCAACGGAAGUCUUGAUCUAGCAGAGUCCAAUGAAGAUGGACUUCGGCGGAUUUUCCAAGAUUUCCAUAUCUUCCCGGACAGUGAAAUCAUUGUAGGUCAAAGACUGGAGGGCAAUAUCAUCAAAUUGCUAUCUCCAUAUCGUCCUAGUCUUUUCCGGCGUAUCAUCAUCGAAGACAGAGGCACCUGGGCAAGUCGUAGUGGAAUCCAAUUUCGGAAUUAUCAUGUAUCAUCUAGACGUAGAACGGAUGUUCAACAAACUCCGAUGAAGGCGUGCGCUGUGAUGACCAAUCCAGACACAAUGAAUCACCUGGAAGACCUCAAGGGCAAGAACGUUGAUGUUAUCUCGAAAGUCGGAUAUCUCCUUUCGAAGCUGCUUGUGGCUCGAAUGAAUACAACAGUUGCUUUCAAUUUCGCUCCAACCUGGGGCUAUCAAGACAAGAACGGAAGCUGGAGCGGAAUGAUCGGGCAAAUUAUUCGUGAAGAAGUUGAUUUCGGCGGUACAGCUACGUUCCUUACUCCCGCCAGGCUCGGUCUAGUCGAUUAUAUCCAGCUAUAUACUCCAAAUAGAGUGAGAUUCAUCUUUCGACAGCCUCCACUAUCUCACAUUAGCAAUCUCUUCACUCUACCCUUCAGUCGGAGUGUCUGGAUCGGAAUAGCUGUCUUCAGCUGCAUUGGUUUUGUAAUAUUAUACCUGAGCAUGGCAUGGGAGUGGCAAGAAGUGAAGGACAUACCUACGGAUCAAAAAUUGUGGGGAGAUUUGGAGAUGAAGCCAGCUUUUGGCGAUAAUUUCCUGAUUCUGAUUGGGGCUAUCACCCAGCAAGGGUCUGCAUAUGAGCCACGGAGUGUCCCAGCACGGAUAGUCAUUCUGAUGCUUUUGGUCUUUUGUCUAAGUCUCUACGCUGCUUAUGCAGCCAACAUCGUGGCACUGCUGCAGUCCACAUCAGACUGCAUAAAGACAGUAGAAGAUCUCAUGAAUAGUCCUCUGAAGAUUGGAGUCCUAGAUAUUGUCUAUAAUCAUUAUUACCUGGGGAGCUUCGAGGAUCCCAUGAGGAAGGAGUUCUACGAGCGUCGCAUUAAGGGGCAGAAGAACAUCUGGAUGUCUCUGGAGGAAGGAAUCCACAGGGUGAGGAAUGAUUUGUUCGCUUUUCACACAGAUGUCACGAUGGGCUAUGGUCUUGUUCAAAGCACCUUCGGCGAGGACGAGAAAUGCGGCUUUGAGGAAAUUGAUUAUCUCUACGUGUCUGAUCCGCAAUUCGCUAUCCGGCGCAAAUCACCGUAUCGGGAAAUUCUCAGAGUGGGGGGUCUCUGGCUGAAGGAAACGGGUUUACGACAACGCUAUAUCAAUAUAUUGUGCAAUGGGAAGCCCCUAUGUAACAAUCAGAAGAAAUUCGUUGGCGUCGGCACCAUUGAAUGUUACGCCGCUUAUCUCACUAUAGGCUAUGGAAUGAUUUUGACAUUCGGGAUUCUCCUGUUGGAAAUUAUUUGGUCGAAAUACUCAAAGAUACAAGUCGAAAAAGAAAAGGGUGAACAUACCUCCAUUGCUGAUGAAAAGCCCGAGGAUCAAGCAGAUUUCAAAUUCGAGGAUCCUCUGAGGAAGGAAUUUUACGAACGACGGAUCAGAGAUCUCAAAACGCCGUACAUGACUGUCGAAGAAGGUCUCGAAAAAGUGAGAACUGGAAUGUUUGCUAUCCACACUGACCUAACUAUGGGCUAUGAUGUAGUAAAGAGUACUUACGCCGAAGACGAGAAGUGUGGAUUCGAGGAAAUCGAUUAUUUUUACACGUCGGAUCCAACAUUUACGAUCAGACAUCGAUCGCCGUAUGCAGAAAUCUUCAGAGUUGGCGGAAUAUGGCUGGAGGAAACAGGUCUCACACAACGUUUCGUUGAUAGGAUAUAUCACAAAAAGCCCACCUGCACCAACCAGAAAAAAUUUAUGAGUGUUGGAACCAUCGACUGUUACGCUGCUUACCUGGUUAUAGCUUACGGAUUAGCUGCCGCACUAAUGAUAUUCUUGUGUGAAGUGUUCUGGUUCAAAAAAUGUGAUACGAGAACUGCUGAUGCCACUGACGAACUAGAGGAUCGGCGAUUGCCAUCUACUGCAAGUUCACCCACAUCCAACCAAGACCACAGCUUCGAAACACUCGGAGAUGAAAUCCUAGUAAACACAGGCGAACACCCGUAGUGCGUAAUUCAAAAAGUGAUUAUAACGUGAGAGUA